AUCCAAAAAGAAGAGGGGCCAAACUGGAAAUGUUGGAAGAAUCCAUCUCCCUACAAGGCCUGUGGGGUUUGGGCGUGCCGUACACAAACACCUGCAGAUUGCGACAUGAGAGAGAAGAGAAGAGACCCAUGAACAUAUAUUACGAAAAUUUUGCAUAAUUGAUUCAAUUGGCGUCUUCGAAUCAGACAUGCCCUGCAGCAGCUACUCUGCCUUUUGUUGUUCCCACCCUUUUGUCAUCUUCAUCGUCUUCUUCCCUUUCUUUUGAUUUCUUUUUCUCGUUCGUGCUCCUUUGGUAUAUAUUAUGUACUGUUCUUGGCAUUAGAGAAAUGGGUUUUUGAUUUUAGCUAAAAAGGGGGAAUCUUUUCUUCUUCUUUUUUUAUCCUUUCCAUUCUUAAUUUCUUUGUUCGGGGAAAUGGCGGGUUGUCAUCGGAAUCUUGAAGAACCGAGCAUAGAUACGGAUAAGCUGAGUUACGAGAUCUUUUCAAUCCUCGAGAGCAAGUUCUUGUUUGGGUAUGAUGAUCAGAAGCAUUGGAUUCCGGAGGACAAGAACGAGGUUGUUUCCAGGUCUCCGGAGGUCGACGGGAACGAGGAUUUGCAGGCAAUCAAGAACCAGAGGGGGAAAAUUUGUAUCUUGGCGAUUGACGGCGGCGGAAUGAGGGGAAUCAUCUCCGGUAAGGCGCUGGCGUAUUUGGAGCAGGCGCUGAAGGUGAAAUCCGGCAACCCAGAUGCCCGAAUUGCAGAUUAUUUCGACGUGGCUGCCGGCUCCGGCGUCGGGGGAAUUUUCGCUGCUAUGCUCUUCGCGACCAAGGACGGGAGCCGGCCGAUUUUCUCCGCCGACGACACGUGGAGGUUUUUGGCGGAGAAGGGGAAGAAACUGUACCCCAAGAAGGGGUCGAGCUCCGGCACCGGCGGUUUGGUCAGGCGAGUGCUCCGAGGCGGCGGCGAAGGGACCGUUUCCGCUACUGGGAGGCUGGAGAAGGCGAUGAAAGAGGCUUUUUCCGACGAGAGGACUGGUCGGAGCUUGACCUUGAAGGACACGAUGAAGCCGGUUCUGAUCCCCUGCUACGACCUAUCUAGCACGGCGGCGUUCCUAUUCUCACGCGCCGACGCGCUGGAGACAGACAGCUACGACUUCCGGCUAUGGGAGGUGUGCCGGGCCACAUCGGCGGUCCCAGGGGUGUUCGAGCCGGUAUGCAUGAAAUCCGUAGACGGGUCGACCCGGUGCGUGGCGGUGGACGGAGGGCUGGCGAUGAGCAACCCGGCGGCGGCGGCCAUCACCCACGUCCUCCACAACAAGCAGGAGUUCCCUUUCGUGAGAGGGGUGGAGGACAUUUUGGUACUUUCCCUCGGCACAGGUCAGCUUUUGGAAGGCAGCUUUGACUAUGAAAAAGUCAAAGGGUGGAAGGCCAAGCAAUGGGCUAUACCCAUGGCCCGAAUCUCCGGCGACGGCUCGGCCGAUCUCGUCGACCACGUCGUCGCCAUGUCCUUUGGCCAGUGGCGCACCACCAACUACGUCCGUGUUCAGGCAAAUGGACACAGCACAUCAGGUAGUUGUGGGGUGAACGUAGACACGGACCCGAGUCCAAACAACGUGAGGAGGCUGGUGGGGAUAGCGGACGAGAUGCUGAAACAGAAGAGCGUGGAGUCGGUGCUGUUCGGCGGGAAGAGGAUCGGGGAGAAGAGCAAUUUGGAGAAGCUAGAUUGGUUCGCGGGCGAGUUGGUUCUUGAACACCAGAGGAGGAGUCUCAGGAUUGCUCCCACUGUGGCAUUCAAGCAGCCCAACACCCAUCAUCUCCACUGAUUUAAACAUGCAAUGCCUGCCUCUCUUCUGAACCCAUGGGAAGGAUUAUUUGGUAAUUACAUAUGCUUCAUUAUUUCUCCCUUCUCAUUGCUAAACUGUUGAAUUAUAAAACUGGUUUCAUUGAUAUGAUCUCUUAACUAAUAACAAUAGAAAACUCUAACAUGA